CUGCGAGCUCCCUCACUUCGCUCUCGCCCUCCGGCCGGGAAGCAUGGGACGGUCCGGGCUCAUCUGCGCCUUCCUGAUCGCCGCCUGCUGCUGCUGUCGCCGCGCCGCGGGUGUGCCUGGAGAGGCUGAGCAGCCCGACCCGGAGCUGGUGGAGGUGGAAGUGGGCGGCACGGCCCUUCUGAAAUGUGGCCCCUCCCACUCCCCGGGCAACUUCAGCCACGCGGACUGGUUUUCUGUCCACAAGGAGAAGCCAACACUCAUCUUCCGCGUGCGUCAGGGCCAGGGCCAGAGCGAACCUGGGGAGUACCAGAAUCGGCUCAGCCUCCAGGACAAAGGGACUACUCUGGCCCUAACGGGCAUCACCCCCCACGAUGAGCGCAUCUUCCUGUGCCAGGGCAAGCGCCCUCGGUCCCAGGAGCACCGAAUCCAGCUCCGUGUCUACAAAGCUCCGGAGGAGCCACUUAUCCAGGUCAAUGCCUUGGGCAUUUCUGUGAACAGUGAGGAGCCUGGGGAGGUUGCCACCUGUGUGGGGAGGAAUGGGUACCCCCUUCCUCAAGUCACCUGGUACAAGAACAGCCAGUCCCUGAAGGAGGAGAAGAACCGGGUCCACAUCCAGUCGUCCCAGAUCGUGGAGUCGAGUGGUCUGUACACCUUGAGGAGCGUUCUGAAGGCACAGCUGACCAAGGAGGACAAAGAUGCCCAGUUUUACUGCGAGCUCAGCUAUCGGCUGCCCAGUGGGAACCACAUGAAGGAAUCUAGGGAGGUCACUGUCCCUGUUUUCUACCCGGCAGAGAGAGUGUGGCUGGAAGUGGAGCCUGAGGGGAUGCUGAAGGAGGGGGACCGCGUGGAGAUCAGGUGUCUGGCUGAUGGCAACCCCCCGCCCCACUUCAGCAUCGGCAAGCAGAACCUCAGCACCAGGGAGAUGGAGGAAGAGAGGACCGAUGACAACGGGGUCCUGGUCUUGGAGCCCGCCCGGAAGGAGCAUAGCGGCCUCUACGAAUGUCAGGGCCUGGACUUGGAAAGCACGGCAUCGCUGCUGAGCGACCAGCAGGAGCUGGUGGUGAACUAUGUGUCUGAAGUCCGGGUGAGCCCCGCAGCCCCCGAGAGCCAGGAGGGCAGCAGCCUCACCCUGACCUGUGAGGCAGAGAGUAACCAGGACCUUGAGUUCCAGUGGCUGAGAGAAAAGACAGGCAAGGUGUUGGCAAAGGGGCCUGUGCUCCAAUUACGCAACCUGAAACGGGAGGCAGGGGGAGGUUACCGCUGCGUGGCAUCUGUGCCCAGCGUUCCCGGCCUGAACCGCACCCAGCUCGUCAACGUGGCCAUUUUUGGGUCCCCGUGGAUGGCACUGAGGGAGAGGAAGAUGUGGGUGAAGGAGAACUCCGUGCUGAAUCUGUCCUGUGAGGCAUCAGGGCAUCCCCGGCCCAGCGUCGUCUGGAGCGUCGAUGGCACGGCCAGCGAACAGGACCAAGAUCCGCAGAGUGUCCUGAGCGUCCUGAAUGUCCUUGUGACCCCAGAGCUGUUGGAGACAGGUGCCGAGUGCGUGGCCUCCAACUCCCUGGGCAGAAACACCACCGUCAUUAUCCUGGAGCUGGACUCCAACAGAAGCACUAGCCUCAGCACCUCCACCGUCAGUCCCUAUGCUAGAGCCAACAGCACCUCCACAGAGAAAAAGCUGACAGAGCCCGAAAGCAAGGGUGUGGUCAUCGUGGCCGUGACCGUGUGUGUCCUGGUCCUGGCUGUGCUGGGCGCUGUCCUCUAUUUCUUCUACAAGAAGGGCAAGCUGCCGUGUGGACGGUCAGGCAAACAAGAGAUCACGCUGCCCCCGUCUCGUAAGGGCGAAUUUGUAGUUGAUGUUAAGUCAGAUAAGCUCCCAGAAGAGAUGGGCCUCCUUCAGGGCAGCAACGGUGACAAGAGGGCUCCAGGAGACCAGAUGGGGAGCCGGCCCCAUCUUGCCUUCCUAACACCACGCACAGACGAUAGGGCCAGGCAGGUGGCUGAGGGACCCCGAGAGAGGGUAGCUGCCAGGACUGAGAGCAAGACCCCGUCCCAUCACCAUUUCCUGAACAGAGCUGGCGGCUCACGUCACUAGGGAGAGAAAUACAUCGAUCUGAGGCACUAGCCCACCGAAUCGCACGGCGCUCCCUCCCCCGCCUGGAACAUUUCCUGUUCCCUGCUCACCUUCCUCCCCAGCACUCAGGAUGGUCACCACAGCCUCUAAAGUGGACAACACAGAAGACCCCCCUCCAGCUCACCUGCAGACCCCAUUUCAGAGGGCACACGGGCUAGGACCAGAGCUGUCCUGAGAAGGACCUCAUGUGGCCCUGGAGGCCCCCUCUUCAGGGACCUGUCCACCACUGUCUCAAUGUGUUGAGUGACGCUCAUGCCAAGGAGGGGGCCUCGGUAUCCCAGAAGCACACAGGAGAGUCUCUUGCAGAACUUGUUUCCUCUUUACACAUAUGGAUGUAAAUACCUGUCUUCUACCAGCAGCCGAAUUAGGGAGCCUAUUUAUCUUGAGCUGACUUCCUGCUCCACUGCUCCAGGGCUGGCUUCAUAAUUCAGCUGUAUCACUGAAGUAAGGAUGCGGUGAGCCCAGGCCUCUCUCUGCUGGUGACGUAUGUUGCUCACACCAGUUCUGGAGAGACCCCAGCAGUAUCUAGAAGCAGUUGCCAGCCUGCCUGCCUGCCUCUGGAGUCCCCUUUGCGACACUGUUUUCUUUCUCUGGGCAGAAGUCAGGACCUGGUGUCGUCCCUUAAAAGGUAUCCUGGGUGUAUCUCAUUGUCCCUGCAGUAAGGAAGCUGGGUGCCGCUUUCCAGAGUUAAGGCGACUGGGCCCAAGCCCCUGCAUUCAUUUGGCUCCCCUACCCUCUCAAGGAAUCACGUAAGACUGAAUUCUGGGGGUAGGGGUUGGAGAUGAGGUCCAGACUGUCCUUUACGAGGGUUAAGGCUAUAAAGUUAUAUUAGCAGCAGACUUCUACAGGCUGAGCUAAUGGGCCUAGACCUUAGAAGAAAGGCGCUAACGGGAGAAUGGUACUUGGAGAUGAGAAACGGGCCUGGCUAGAGCUUUGGGGUAUGUAUGUCUCUGCGUGUGUCUGUGCGUACGUGUGUGUGUAUAUAUAUGGUUUUGUUAGGUUGUAAAUUUGCAAAUUGUUUCCUUUUUAUAUAUGUGUAUAUAUAUGAAAAAUAAAGCUUAAUUGUCCCAGAAA